AUGGCCAAGUUGCAAAAGACGCUGAAGCAACGACAGCGUCAUGCAGCCCGUAUCAGUACCAACGUCACCAAGUUGACCCCUGCCGAAAUUCGAUCGCUUAAUAAUGGUGCGUUGGCCUCGAAGACGGGGAGUCAAUCCAGUUCGAAAUCGACGUCAACUCAAUCCCGAUCAAGACGUUCAACCAAUGCAACACCUCCAGCAACUCCUGAUGAGCUUCCCGCCUAUGGAGCACAGACACACAGAAACUCGGUCUCGAGGAAUAACAGCGUCAACAUCCCAACCCCACCUCAUACACCCAAUACUCAUCGAAGAUCGUCUCAAUCAAGCACUCACGGUCACCAUUACGGCCAUCAUGUGGUCCACGGCCACGCAAACGGCGUUAUUCACGCUCCUCGACCUCGGGGAUCCGCACAAGCUGCAUUCAUGUAUGCGAAUGGCUUGUCUUCCCGUCCAUCAAGCUCUGGGUCUUCAUCAUACCGUGGGCUGCCCACCUACCGCGGCCCAGAAGUUACGCGGACAGGUUCCUUGACCAUGUUACAGCACCCGUCUCAAAAGAUUGUUUCCAAUCCGCUUUCGUACUUUUCAAGACCGCGGCAGAGCCAAGUCAGCACUUCACCAGAGCAUGGGAAGCAUGACUCGCCCGAAAUUAGCAUUUAUCGCGCCCAAAGUUUGCGAAACGUACCCUCCGACUCUGUACCGAACGUCAGCGCUCCAUCAUCAAGGCCCGUGAGUCCGCCCAGAGUGACCGACUCGCCCGUCUCAAUGAUUGUGGAUGGCACGGAGAAGUUCCCGGUCCUGGACCCGGCGGACGAUCCACACAAUCAGCCCAAGGUGCAGCUCGAUGAGGAAAUCGCUCCUAACGAACCGAACGUGGAGAAUGUUGACACGCAGCCCAAGCAUGUGACAGAUCCGCCCAUUGAACCAGCAAAGCAGACGACUCCGCUGGAAUCGCCAAAAAAGGAAAAAGAAAAGCAGAAGCGGUUUACGAUCCAUGCCGCACUGUUUGGCGGAGAUAAAUGCAAUCAUGAAGGUACCGAAAAUGUGAAAAAGCUCAAAAAGGGGAGAAGACGGACUCUGUCUUUCGGCAAAAAUAACGAGGCUGAAAAACCAGAAGACAAGACAGCAAUGCCGGCUGAAGCGGUCGACGAAGUCAAGGUGGAUGGCGCGACGAUCGAGACCGAAGAAUUUUCGACACAUCCGGCUGUUCGCCCUCUUUCCCUGAUCAUUCCGAGCGAAUUUAAAGGGAAAGAAAAGGAGAUUGUCUGUCCUCCAGUCUAUGCUCGAUGCGCCUGUUGUGGGAAGAUGAAGCGGCCUUCGGGAUACGGGGGUGAACUCAGUCCGGUGCUGGAAAACGAGAAUCUAAGAACAAACUUCAGCUUCGAGAUUGAACGAACAUCCGGGUCAUCGGAGAGACGAAGUUCCGACGCCAGUCGCCAUAAAUUUAUUCCAAUCAUUCCAAUGGAAGUGGGUGAAAACGAAACGCGUCAGGCGACAAUUGAACCGUAUACGGGUCCUUCAAAGAGUCCAGCGGAGCAUGACCAAAUACCCCAGAUGGAUAUGAAUAUCGCUUCGUCGAGUCCAGUCAAGCAGCCUAUCGGACAGCUGAGUUCAAGUCCACGAAGAAUGAAGAGACUCUCCGCACCAUCCCGAUUCACUAGGUUUGCAAGCUUGCAUGGACGACGGAAUGUGGAUUCAACCGUGAUCGCCGAAGAAGAUGAGGCCGAAGCGGAAGGAGAAACGGACGAGAAUCGACCUCUCAUGAGCGAGCCAGCGGCCUCUGAGGUAACUGGUGUCGUAAAUCAAAUUGUCGCAGCCGCAGCCGCUGCAGACGACGAUGUGAUCGCGAACAGCCAACCAGUGAUUGAGCCGAUGUCAUCAGCAGACCGAGCAUUCAUUGAACCAGUAACCACAAUGGCGACUCACGAUUCCCAACUUAUGGCCAGCGAGAUUUUACAGAGUAUUCCUCUCCCACGGUCCAGUCCUAGAUCGGGUUCAGAGAUGUUCUCCACGCCCGCCCGGGGCACUACGCCCGUGCUUGAGAACGUCUACUCCACCGAUGCAAUUCCAAUUCAGCCUGCCGGUUCGCUCCAGGCUCAAAUCAUAGUGCAUGAUAAUGUGGCAGACAGUCCCGAUUCUGUCCCUGUGGACGAAACACCUACGUCCACUACUCCUGCAACAACGACAACAACCACUUAUACGCCGUCCGAUAUUGAAAACCCCGCUUCACCAAAGUUCGCACCAGAGUUUUCAGCCUCAUUCUUUGAUACACCCGAUCUGUCUCUCACUCCCAGAUUCGAAGCUGGCACGCAGCCAGCCGGAAGGGACGCGAAAUUAGACAAGGGAACGGAUAAGCUCACAGGAAAGAGGAAGUCGACGGCGACCGAAUGGGUGGCCGAGCUUAUGACUGUGAAUGCUUAA